ACUGCGUGUCCAGCGGAGCAGAGCGAUGAUCUAGGAGCGAAGAAAUUAGAAGAAUGCGCGCUAGUUUAGCAAAUGAAGAUGGCAAUCUCGCAUUACUACCAACUGUAUAUGAAUUAAUAUCACCUAGCUAUUUGAACGGCCUAUGGUGGAAAUAGGCGAGACCGGGGGAAAGGCAUCACCGGCGAGUCCGAGCGCGGUGGCGGCGGUAGCCGGCGAUGAGGCGGAGAUGCGGCGCAGAGAAUUAGUCACUAACGGGGGGUGUGAGCUGCCGGACAUGGUGGCUUCCAGGUCUUCAGCGACACCUAAGUUCAAGCGCCUUGAAGCGGAUCACAACUCCUACGGCGGAAAAAAUGGGAAAGCCGGGACGCUGCUGAAAAGCAGUAUUAUUAAGGAUGGCACAAGGCAGCGCAACGAGCGGAAGAAAACCGUCUCAUUCAGCAGCAUGCCCACAGAGAAGAAGAUGAGCAGCGCCAAUGACUGCAUCAGCGCUAUGGUGGAGGGCUCGGAGCUGAGGAAGGUGCGCUCCAACUCCCGCAUUUACUGCCGCUUCUUCCUGCUCGAGGCCGACAUGCAGUCGCUGAGGUGGGAGCCGUCGAAGAAGGAGUCCGACAAAGCAAGGAUCGACAUCCGGUCCGUAAAGGAGGUGCGGACGGGAAAGAACACGGACAUUUUCAGGACGAACGGGCUGUAUGAGCAGAUUUCUGAGGACUGCGCCUUCUCGGUCAUAUAUGGCGACAGCUAUGAGUCGCUGGAUUUGGUGGCGAACUCGGCAGAUGUGGCGAAUGUUUGGGUGACUGGGCUGCGCUACUUGGUGUCUUAUGGGAAACACACGCUGAACGUGAUUGACAGCAGCCGAGACAACUUGCGCUCAUCUUGGCUCUCAGAUCUCUUUUCAGAGGCUGACAUAGAAGGAAAGAAGCAAAUAGCUUUAUGCACUGCUGUGUCGCUGAUCCAAAACUUUAAUCCUGGACUAAAAAAUGGCAAAAUAGAGCUCAGGUUCAAAGAGUUACACAAGACUCACAACAAAACAGGAGAUGAUGUCACCGUGGAUGAGUUUAUUGAAGUGUUUCAUGACAUUUGUACUAGACCAGAAAUAUACUUCCUUUUGGUACAGUUCUCCAGCAAUAAGGAGUUCCUAGACACCAAAGACCUGAUGAUGUUUCUGGAGGCGGAGCAGGGGGUGGCCCAAGUAAGUGAAGAGACCAGUUUGGAGGUGAUACAAAACUACGAAGCCUCCAGAGAUGGACAGCUGAAUGGGUGGCUUUCUCUGGAUGGCUUCACAAAUUACCUCCUGUCACCUGAGUGCCACAUAUUUGAUCCUCAGCAGAAGACGGUGUGCCAGGACAUGAACCAGCCCCUGUCUCACUACUACAUUAACUCCUCCCAUAACACCUACUUAAUAGAGGAUCAAUUCCGAGGCCCUUCUGACAUCACAGGGUACAUCCGUGCCCUAAGAAUGGGAUGUCGGAGUGUGGAGUUGGACGUCUGGGAUGGCCCAGAUAAUGAGCCAGUGGUAUUCACAGGCCACACCAUGACAUCUCAGAUUGCAUUUCACAGCAUCAUCGAUGUCAUCAAUAAGUAUGGGUUUGUUGCUUCAGAGUAUCCAUUGAUCCUUUGUUUGGAAAAUCACUGUUCAAUAGAGCAGCAGAAAGUUCUGUAUCAGUACCUGAAGAAGAUUCUGGGAGAUAAGAUUUACACUGACCUGCCCAAAUCAGAGGAUAGCUAUUUGCCCUCGCCAUAUAUGCUGAAGGGUAAAAUUUUAUUGAAGGCCAAGAAGGUACCGGCAAACUGCACAGGCCCCGAGGGUGAUGUGACAGAUGAGGACGAGGGCGCAGAAGUGUCCCGGAGGGUAAGGUGUGAUUUGGGGGAAGAACAUUGUAUCACUCCCCUUCCAACGUUUCAGCUGUCCAGGGAACUGUCAGAUUUAGUGACGUUAUGUAAAUCUGUUAGGUUCAAGGACUUCCAAACAACAUUCCAGAAUCAGAAGUUCUGGGAGAUCUGUUCCUUUAAUGAGGUCCUUGCCAACCGCUGUGCUAAUGACAGUCCUGGAGACUUUGUGAACUAUAACAAAAAGUUCCUGGCUCGAGUAUAUCCAAGCCCAAUGAGAAUUGACUCCAGCAACAUGAACCCUCAGGACUUCUGGAAGUGUGGCUGUCAAAUUGUGGCUAUGAAUUUCCAAACGCCUGGCUUGAUGAUGGACCUUAAUAAUGCUUGGUUUCGACAGAAUGGGAAUUGUGGUUAUGUUCUGCGCCCAGCCAUCAUGAGAGAAGAGGUGUCGUACUUUAGCGGUAACGCUAAAGACUCUGUCCCAGGGGUGUCUCCACAGCUACUUCAUCUUAAGAUCAUCAGCGGGCAGAAUUUGCCUAAGCCCAAGGGCUCAGGUGCCAAAGGCGACAUCGUUGAUCCAUACGUCUACGUAGAGGUCCACGGCAUUCCAGCCGAUUGUGCCGAGAAAAGAACUAAAACCGUCCACCAGAAUGGGGACAACCCAAUCUUUGAUGAGAGCUUUGAGUUUCAAAUAAAACUACCUGAGCUGGCGAUGGUGCGUUUCGUAGUGCUUGAUGACGACUACAUUGGAGACGAGUUUAUCGGCCAGUACGCUAUCGCCUUUGAGUGCCUGCAGUCGGGCUUCCGGCACGUUCCGCUGCAGUCUCUGUCAGGGGAUGUCCUUCCGCACUCUUGGCUGUUCGUCCACGUCGCCGUCACUAACCGGCGGGGCGGCGGGAAGCCACACAAGCGUGGCCUCUCUGUCCGCAAGAGCAAGCGGGGUCGUGAGUACGCUGCCAUGAGGAUACUGCUCAUCAAGGCUGUGGACGAGGUCUUCAAGACUGCCACGCAGCCUCUGAGAGAGGCUACCGACCUGCGCGAGAACCUCCAGACUGCCAUUGUGUCCUUCAAGGAGCUGUGUGGUCUGUCUGCGGUGGCCAACUUCAUGCAGUGCAUCCUUGCCCUUUCGUCCCUCUUCACGGGGGCGGAGAAAACCCCCCUCCUUCUGUUCAACCUGACGGAGCAGUACCCCACCAUGGAGCCCCAGAGACCGCUGCCUGAAGUGAUGAAGAAGGUGGUGGCCGCUUAUGAAGCUAUGAUACAGACAAGCAGGACUGUUACUGAGAAGUCAGAUGCUGUGUGUGAGAAGAUCCUACAGACGCAAACCAAAGCGAUGGAGUUUCAUGAGAAGCUGUACAGCUUGGGGGUUAAAGAAGGCCUCAAAGGAAGGAAACUGCAGAAGGCUGUGGAGAGCUUCACUUGGAACAUCACCAUCUUGAAGGGCCAGGCAGAUCUUCUCAGGCAUGCCAAAAGCGAGGUUACGGAGAACCUGAAGCAGAUCCACUGUGCUGCAUUGACCAGUAACCUGUGCGAGGGGGGUGCAGGGGGCAGAGCGGGGGGUGGGUCUGGGAUCAGGCCCCGCCGCAGCCUGGAGGGCGCCUCGCCGAGGACAGCGACUCCAGAUGAGCCAGCGGAUGAGGAGACCUGAGGGGGGGGGGGGGUGGUCUGAAGAUUCUAUUCCCCACAGUCCCAAGGCAGCCUGCAGAACCACUGCAGAGAGGCCCACUGGACGGCUGUGGUCCACCAGAAUGCUGAGUGACACUGGUCCCUGAAUGCAUUGGACUUUGAGUUGAAUGUACAAUGACAAGGAGUACGUAAGAUGGAAAGAGUAAAGUCUUUUAUGGUAUAUCACAUCCGGGGUUUAACCCGACCUUGUUUGCAGACUCCCUGUCAUCUUGACCAGGAUGAUCGGUUAGAACAGUGGGGUCAGACUCCAGUCCUGGGGGGCCGGAGCCCUGUGUAGCUUAGUUCUUUCCCUGUUCCAUCACAAAUGAUUCCGCUUAAGAGCUGUGUGGUAAUUAGCAUGAGGAGGUGAAUCAGAUCUGUUACAUGAGAGGAAACCCAAACAUGUG